AUGAUGCCAGAGAACUUCACUUGGGCCAGGGGUGCCCCUACGGAGUUCAUCCUCCUGGGCAUCACAGAUCGCUGGUACCUGCACCUGACCCUCAUCCUGAUCUUCCUGACCGUCUACCUGGUGAGCCUGCUGGGAAAUGUGGGCAUGGUGCUGCUAGUCUACGCGGUCGCCCAGCUCCACACACCCAUGUACUUCUUCCUGGUCAACCUCUCCCUGCUGGAUGCCUGCUAUUCCUCAGCCAUCAGAACCAAGAUGCUCGUGGACCAGCUGUUGCCCUGCAUCUCCAUCCCUUACGCAGCCUGUUUCCUCCAGAUGUUUUUGUUUACAGGGCUGGCGGAUGCCAAGUGUUGCCUGUUGACAUCCAUGGCCUAUGGCCGCGAUGUGGCCAUCGGAAACCCUCUUCUCUACGCCACUGCCGUGUCGCGGCGUCUGUGUCUGGUCUUUCUGGCAGCAUCAGGCCUGGGUGCGGCAGUGAGUGCCGUGGUCCACACGACCUUCACCUUCCACCUGAGCUUCUGCGGCUCUCGGGAGGUGAACAGCUUCCUCUGCGAUAUCCCUCCACUGCUGGCCAUCUCCUGCAACGACACCAGUCUCAGUGAACUUCUCCCCUUCGUCUUCUGUGGCUUCAUCCAGACAGCCACCGCGUUGGCUUUGCCGUGCCUCGGGUUCAUUGCCGGAGCCGUGAUCGGCAUGCACUCGGCCAAGGGCCGGUGGCGAGCAGCCUCUACCUGUGGCUCCCACCUCACGGCUGUGGCUGUGCUUUACGGGACACUCAUUUUCAUGAACCUGUGCCCCAGCUCCAGCUACACCCUGGACACUGACAAAAUGGCAUCUGUGUUCUACACCCUUGUCAUCCCAGCUCUCAACCCGCUCACCUACAGCCUCCGCAACAAAGUGGUCAGGGAGGUGCUCGGAAGGAACUGCAAGCACUGCUGCUGUCCGAGGCCGGCGCACGAGUGCGAGGUCUGA